CACUCCAUUGAUUAAAAAAAAAAACAAAUCAAUCAUGUCUCUCUUUGGUAUCUUAUUAUCCUUAACACUUGCUAUUGCCACUGUCUCGGCCCAAGUCCCUCCUGAGAAACAGUUCAGAGUCGUAAACGAAGGCGAAUUCGGCGAAUACAUCACCGAGUACGACGCGAGUUACCGAUUCAUCAACUCACCAAACGCGAGCUUCUUCACAUCGCCGUUCCAGCUCUUAUUUUACAAUACUACCCCUAGCGCCUACGUCUUAGCUCUCCGAGUCGGACUCAGGCGUCAGGAGUCACUCAUGCGUUGGAUCUGGGACGCAAACCGGAACAACCCCGUCGGAGAAAACUCCACGCUCUCACUCGGCCGCGACGGAAACCUCGUCCUCGCCGAGUCAAACGGACGAGUCAAGUGGCAGACCAACACAGCCAACAAAGGCGUCACCGGAUUCCAGAUCUUGCCCAACGGCAACAUCGUCCUCCACGACAAAAACGGAAAGUUUAUUUGGCAGAGUUUCGAUCACCCCACCGACACACUCCUCACCGGCCAAUCACUCAAAGUUAACGGCGUUAACAAACUCGUUAGCCGCAAAUCCGAUAUGGACGGCUCAGAUGGUCCCUACAGUAUGGUUCUGGAUAACAAAGGCUUAACCAUGUACGUCAAUAAAACCGGUCAGCCGUUAGUUUACGGCGGAUGGCCAAAUCACGAUUUCCGCGGCACCGUCACUUUCGCCGUUACAAGGGAAUUCGACAAUUUAACGGAGCCGUCAGCUUACGAGCUCCUCCUUGAACCCGCACCACAAUCGAAUAACCGCCGGUUACUCCAAACCCGACCGAUCGGAAACGGAGGCGGAACUUUGAACCUGAACAAAAUCAACUACAACGGAACGAUUUCGUAUCUCAGGCUCGGAUCUGACGGGAGCCUCAAGGCCUACUCGUGGUACGCUCCCUCUACGUAUCUCGCUUGGGAAGAGAGCUUCUCCUUCUUCUCCACUUACUUCGUUCGCCAAUGCGGCUUACCGUCGUUUUGCGGCGAUUACGGUUACUGCGAUCGCGGGAUGUGCAUCGCGUGCCCUACACCGAAAGGAUUGAUCGGAUGGAGCGAUCAAUGCUCUGCGCCCAAAACGACGCAGUUUUGCAAGGGUAAAACCGUGAAUUAUUAUAAGAUCGUCGGCGUUGAGCAUUUUACUGGGCCGUAUGUGAAUGAUGGACAAGGCCCAACUUCUGUAAACGAUUGCAAGGCCAAGUGCGAUCGUGAUUGCAAGUGUUUGGGUUACUUCUACAAGGAGAAGGACAAGAAGUGUUUGAUCGCUCCUCUUCUCGGUACACUCAUCAAAGACGCCAACACUUCUUCUGUUGCUUACAUCAAAUAUUAAUGUCUUUUACUCGAGAGUUAUUUACCGAACCCCGAUGUCAAUUCUUAAGAUUUUAAUGAAUAAUCGGUGUCCUUGUUAUGAUUCACCGUUCAAUAAAUGUAUUUUCUUUUUUUUUCCAUAGUUUCAAAGCAUUUGGCUUUAUUUACAAUGUAUAUUUAUUGAUAAUCAAAGUUCUAUGUGAUUAAUUAGUUUUGAA